AUGGCAUUUUUAGAAUCGUUUCUAAAUUGGAUUUCGUUAAUGGAUCAUUGGUCGAAUUAUGUUUGGCUGGGGGCAUUUGUUUUGAUCGUUGCAUUAAUCCGUUUCCUCGAUGUAUUGAGUUAUCCAGAAAAGCCUUGGGUAACAUAUAUGCAGAAGACAGCACUUGGCAGGAAUAUAUCGAUCGGUGAUAUUUUAGACCGAUGUCCCAUUCUGAACGAAAUUUAUUCACCACCAUUACUAUGGGGUCGAAGUGGUCAUCUGCAAACAGCAUCGUACGGAUUAUUUGGACAUGCAUCACUCAUCCGGACUUAUGACUAUCGGCAUGUUGUGAAACUAAGUGAUGGCGCAUCAGUCGUAUUUGAUGUUUUUGAACCAGUUAAGCUACAUCCUUCUAGAAAAGAUCUAACAUUAGCUUUGUGUCCCGGUAUCGCGAAUACGAGUGAAUCAAAUUACAUCCGUACAUGUGUUCAUUAUGCUCAGGAAAAUGGAUUUCGUUGUGCCGUGUUGAACCAUCUUGGUGCGCUAAAGCAUGUUCCGCUCACAUCAAAUCGUAUAUUUUCCUAUGGUGGUACAGAGGAAAUGGAAGAGAUGAUGGCACGUUUGCAUGAUUUAUAUCCGUCCACUCGUUUCUUCUGCAUCGGUUUCAGUAUGGGUGGAAAUAUAACCACACGCAUGAUAGCUAAAUUGUCAUCUGAUGGUUUGCAACAUCGAAUAAUUGCUGGACUUUCCGUCGCACAAGGAUAUUGUGCUAUAUCAUCACUUUCGCUGUAUCAUAGUUGGGAGAAUGGUCGUCGUGCAUAUAACUAUUUGAUAACGGAAAAUAUGAAACGGCUACUGAGAAGAAACUACGAUAUGGCAGUGGCACCGCAUGUUAAGACAGGUUUAAUAGAUGAGCAGCACUUAUGGGCAGCAACAUCAAUAAUGGCACUGGAUGACUCAUACACUCGCCGUAUACUCGGUUACGAAAGUGUUGAGGAAUUUUAUCGUGACAUCAGUUCCUUAUCAGUAAUUCCGAAGAUUAAAAUACCAAUGGUUUUUAUGAAUGCACUGGAUGAUCCGCUCGUACCGCCUUGUCUUUGGCAUCCGGUUCGAGAAUUAGCUGCAAUAAAUGAAUAUUUCGGCUUCGUUCUCACGAAACAUGGUGGACACCUUGGCUUCCUGGAAGGUAGUAGCAUUGCUCCAAACUCUGUCACCUGGCUAGAUCGUUUCAUUGUUGAACUUGCAAAUUCAGUUGUUGUAGCAUAUGAUGAAAGUGAAUAA